AUGGCGUCCAGUGAGGAUAAUAUCUUCAUCCCAGGCUUUAUCAUCCGCCUCCAGUAUGCUUGCUAUCUGUUUGUUGGGAUUCUCGUGACGUUGGUGUUUCGAAGCCUGAUGAGCUCCCUCUUCAAUGGGAUUUCAUUUCUUCAGCAAGGCUGCACGUUUAUCGCCGGAAACUCGGACGUGACGUUGCGAAAAGAGUGCGUGAGUGAGAUGGUGGUGUAUCGUGUGAGUUUUUCCCUCGCCGUCUUCUUUUUUUUCCACUGGCUGAGUGUAUCAGACCUAACGUGCUGCAUCCAGAGUAGCGCCCGGGCGGAGCUCCAGUCGAGGUUUUUCUACAUCAAGUCGUUGUUGCUCGUUUUGAUUUUCAUCCUCACCUUCUUCAUCCCGAACAGCUUUUUUGCGAUGUACGCGUACGUUUGUCUGUUUUGCUCGGCCUUUUUCCUCCUCAUCAACGUGGUCUUUCUCGUCGACUUCUCUUAUCAAUGGAGCGAUGACUGGAGCGAGCGGGCGGAGUCGAAUGAGAAGUGGAUGUGGUACCUGUUCGGUAUCGCCGUGGGUAGUUUCGUGCUCGCGAUCCUUAUUAACAUCGCCUCGAUCUACGUCUACGUCCCGCACGCGGAUUGCAAUUUGAAUGCGUUCGUGAUCACCGUCGUCGCCGCGGGCGCGCUCGUUUACACCGUGUUAUCAAUCUGGGUGCCGCACGGCUCGAUCGUACCGAGUUGUUUGGUUUUUCUCUACACCAGCGGGGUUCUUUUCCUGACGUUGCGCACCAUCCCGAGCGAUUAUUGCAACCGCUACGGCAGCGCCGCGUCGUCGGGGACGUCGUUGAAACAGAUGAUUUUCGGCAGCCUGGUAACGAGUUUCACGCUCGCCUACACCGUGAUCUCCUCCAGCGGCAGCGGGCGCGCCCUCAACGUCGGAUUGGAUGAUCAAGACGAGGAGGAGGAUCCGGAUCGCAGCGGGCACCUCUCGCAUUACAUGUUUUUUUAUUUUAUUAUGACGCUCGGCUCGAUGUAUCUCGCGAUGCUCGCGACGGAUUGGCGGGUGAGCGGGGCCGGGCAGGAUACCUUUAUCGGGAGUGUGAAUAUCGCCUUUUGGGUGCGAACGGUGGCGUUGUGGAGUGCGAUGUUCUUGUAUAGUUGGUCCCUCGUGGCGCCUUAUACCUGCUGCAAAGGACGAGACUUUGGAUUCUCCGUGGAUGAUGAUUGGUUGUGA